AGUAAGUUGAUGUAAGAAAAUCAGAAAUGUUCAAAUAUUUAUUAAACGUAAUAGGUGUGUUAAAAUUGUGAAUAUUUCGAAGGGAAAAUACUAUUCUGUUUGGAUAUAAGUUACGGACGAAAUUGGAUAUAAAAAUAUUUGUUCAAACUUCGAAGAUUUUGUGCAUGAUACGGUAUUUGUUUACAAAUGCAGAAGUAUGUUUUACAAAGAUUCGAGAAUAGUUGACUUGAAAUAAGAUGGCGGCGAGAAAAAUUUCUAGCUUGAUACUGGAAAGCCAAGAUGCACUUAAAGCUUUUAACAAACCAGAAGCUAAGCAGAAAGCUUUGCAGGCAAUAGUAGAUAUCAAUAUAGAGAAAGAGAGAUUACUUACAGGCAAGAAAACAGACAUAAAUGAACAACAGCUUGGAGACUGGUAUGGUGGCUGUUCUUUCGUUAUGAACAAGAUUGGAGAAAACCUAAAUGCCACAAAAUGUUUCUACACAGCUAUUGUUUUCGACCCAUCAUGGGAUGUAGUCAAGCAUGAAAAUGUGUCACGUGUUCUUUGGACCUCUCUUGUCUUUUCAAAGAAAAUCGCUAAACUCUCCAAGGACAUUAAGGGACUGAAGGACCUACUGUCAGAAAUAGAUGACUUGGCGAAACUUGCAGAGAGAAGGGGGAAAUGGAAUGUCUGUGUUGCAGUAGAUGAUGACAUCAACACUAUUUUCUCUUACUUUAUACAGCAAGGUCUGGAAGAAAAUGAAUUAAUCAAACAACUGGGACGAAAAGAAUCUUUGUGGCGGUCUGCUAGAUGCAAAAUCAAAAUGGGAAUGCAAGAAGAUGCAAGGAAUAUGUGUAGUACAAUUCUUCAGCAUGCUUGUGACUAUGAUGACCCAGAAGCUUUCGAGAUUUGGGCUGUUUCCCUGUAUAAUACAAAAGAUUUCGAUCUAGCUUUUGAAAAGUGCGAAUUAGCUCUACAUUAUUGCAAGGAUAACAGUUACAGACAACGUUUAGGAGAAUUUCGAUCGCAGAUACAAACACAAAUUCUAGCAAAUACUCACCAGGAACAGCAUGAAGAAUUUCAGGAUACAAAUUACCAGGAUGUUCAACGCUAUCUUGAGCGAUGGCUUCCGAUUAUUUCCAUGGAAGCUGCAGCAGGAAUAGUGCGCAAUGCAGAGUCACUUUGCAUCAAUAAUGUUCCGGUUAAAUUUCUUGAAGGUAGGAAAGGAAAGUUUUCUCUUGGGCAUCAUGAGUGCGAACUCAGAAACAUUGAAUUUUCUGGGAUGAUAUCAGACGACACUGAUUAUGUAAGCUGUGAUGAAACAACAGCUUCCCAUGACUGGUUAUGUUUAAAAGCAACACUUCCGAAGUUAGAAAAAUCCUCUCCAAAAGACGAAACGGCUUUAUGGACUGGACAUGCCUCAGUCAUUAAUGUGGUUAAACGGAAAAGUCAAAGGUAUCCUGAUGAAAAAAUCCACGUAACGUUCCAACUGCACAACAAGGAGCCUAAUCUUCCUUCGAACCUUCCGACCGACACGACAUUCAGUGUUGAAAUAUUAAAGAAGUCUGAAGUGGACAGGAGAACUGAAAGUGUUAUGAAAGAACUACUAUCUCAAAGAGACUCACUGGCAGCUAAAAUAGCCAUGAACAAACCUAUACCAGAUUGUGAUAGAAGUCGUGCUCAUAUAGCAAACCUUCCCCUUAACCAAGAUUUAUUGUUCGAAAUAAAGCAUGUGGAUCAAAAACGAAGAAAGUGUCUUCCGCAAAACAAUGCUAAGCAACAAGAGGCUAUAAAUAAGGCAUUGACUUCACGUUUUUCUCUCAUACAAGCGCCACCUGGUACAGGAAAGACAAAUGUAUGCAUCAAACUGAUGUAUCUUUUUGAUAGAAUCAACUAUCAACUGAGUAAAGAAGGUCAUCCAAGGAAACAAGUACUGUUCUGUGGACAAUCAAAUAAAGAUAUGGAUUUAAUAGCCGAAUGGAUGCUCGAAAGAAUGGACCAGUACAAACCAAGUUUCGUCCGCGUGUAUGAAAGAUCAAUAGAGGCAAUCGAUUUUCCUAUUCCCGGUCAAACAUUCUUGUACAAGAGAAGCUCAAGAAGUUUGCCUACCAACCAAAAGUUGAAAUGUGUAGCCCUUCACCACUUGAUUCGAGAGGAAGGGAAGAAGUACGCUGAAAAAAUUAACGCUACCGACAAAUUCUUUGAAGCCCAUAAUUGUGAACCAAUGCCAGAUUUGGUGAAAGACUACGUUCAUACUGUCAGCGAAGCAUCAGUUGAUGAAAUAAAGAAGUAUAAUAUAAUCUUAUGUACAACAGAAUCCUGGGCAAAUCCAACGGUUUUAGAAGCUACAAAUAUUUAUCAGGUUAUCGUUGACGAAGCAGGUAUGUGUUCUGAACCACAGUGCCUUAUUCCUAUAAUUGUCACGAAAGCUGAACAAGUGGUACUUAUUGGUGAUCACAAGCAGCUCAGGCCAACCAUCUUGUGCAAAGAAGCUGCGCUACUCGGAUUAGAAAAAUCGCUGUUUGAACGAUAUGCAACAACAGAAUUGUCAACAAAUGUUCAGUUUACAAUGUUGGAACACCAGAACAGAAUGAAUCCAGAAAUAUGCAGAUUCCCUUCAAAACAGUUCUAUAAAUCUGCUUUGAGAACAAUGUGUGGUAUAUGGAGAGACGAAACACUGCGUAUCUGGCCACAAGAUGCGAAAGGUGUUUACCCUCAUGUUUUAGUGCAUGUCGAAGGAGAAGAGCAAAUUCGCACUGUAUCUACAGGAAAUGGAAAUGAGCAGUCUAUGAGCAAUGAUGCCGAAAUCGGUCACGUGGUCAUGACAUACAACUAUUUGACAAGUCAAGAACCAAAUGCGUCAAUUCAAAUCCUUUCCCAGUAUAAUGCGCAGUGCUCUGACAUUAAGAAAAGACUUGAAAAUGAAGGCAUCGAAGGGGUCGACGAAAUAGUCAGUACAGUUGUAUCAAGCCAUGGAAGGGAAUGGGACUAUGUAAUAUUUAGCACCGUGCGGUCUCUGACGGAGGACAAGAUUGAAAAGAAUCCUACCCUUGGCUGGUGUAAACAUAAUUUGGGUUUUAUCACCGACAGAAAUCAGAUGAACGUUGCCCUGACCAGAGCUCGAAAAGGACUCGUGAUCAUAGGUAACAAAUAUGUGCUUGCCUGUGACUAUGUUUGGAAAAGAUUAAUACAACACUACAAACAACGAGGGUGUAUGAAAACUCCCGAGGAAUUCCCGCCGAAAAAUAUUAGAAAAAGUCGACGACAAAUUAUGGAAGAAGCGCGGGAACGAAGUCGUCAUAGGUAUGGAAAAUAGAAAGCAUCUUGGAAUGACGGUUCAUUUGACAAUGAGUAAAUUAAACAUGAUGUGCGAAAUCCUAGAUUUAAGAUACAAUCGGGUUUUUCGACUUCGUUAUUGGCUUCUACUAUUUAACGAAAAUGUAAACUUAAACAUAUUGUAACUUUAUAAUCCUUCAUAUUUAUUGACGUUUAUAACUGUUCUCAAAAAUUCUUUGCCGAAAACCUUGAGAUCAAGAGCUUAUAUUGGUUUUAGAUUUUCUCUUAUUUUGUCUAAAAAUUAUUUUUCGGAUAAUAAGUUAAUAAACAAGAGGACCAUGAUGGUCCUGAAUCGCUCACCUAUCCCCACAUGACCCAGUGUUGAACUGAGUAUGACGUCGUUAUUUCUAUCAUUUGACAAAGUGACCUAGUUUUUGAGCACAGGUGAC